CGGCCGGGCCGGGCCGGCCCCCCGCACGCUCAAGAUGUCGGCGCAGGCCCAGAUGCGCGCCAUGCUGGACCAGCUCAUGGGCACGUCCCGGGACGGUUCAAUGUAUCUUUGCCUGCCUACAUCAAUCUGCAAGGGAGUGUCAGAAAGGCCCCGCAUUCGCCGAGCCGUGACACGACCCGUCAGCGAAUCAAAUUCAGUGAUGACAGAGUGUGCAAGAGCCACCUUCUCAACUGCUGCCCUCAUGAUGUGCUCUCUGGAACUAGAAUGGACCUUGGAGAAUGUCUGAAGGUGCAUGACCUGGCAUUAAGGGCAGACUAUGAAAUAGCAUCCAAAGAUCAAGAUUUCUUCUUUGAGCUUGAUGCAAUGGACCACCUGCAGUCAUUUAUUGCAGACUGUGACAGGAGAACAGAAGUGGCUAAGAAAAGACUAGCAGAAACCCAAGAAGAGAUCAGUGCUGAAGUUGCAGCUAAAGCUGAAAGAGUUCAUGAAUUGAAUGAAGAAAUUGGGAAACUGCUGGCCAAAGUAGAACAGCUUGGAGCUGAUGGGAAUGUGGAAGAAUCUCAAAAAGUAAUGGAUGAAGUGGAGAAGGCUCGGGUAAAGAAGAGAGAAGCAGAAGAAGUAUACAGGAAUUCUAUGCCUGCCUCCAGCUUUCAACAGCAGAAGCUACGGGUUUGUGAAGUGUGCUCGGCUUAUCUUGGCCUUCAUGACAAUGACCGACGACUUGCUGACCACUUUGGAGGAAAACUGCAUUUAGGAUUUAUUGAAAUAAGAGAGAAGCUUGAGGAACUCAGGAGGAUUGUGGCUGAUAAACAGGAGAAACGAAAUCAGGAACGUCUGAAACGUAGAGAGGAGAGAGAAAGAGAAGAAAGGGAGAAACUAAGGAGGUCCAGAUCCCACAGCAAGCAUACCAAAAGAUCUAGGUCCCGAGAUCGCCGCAGACAUCGGUCUCGCUCAGCCUCCCGGGAACGAAAAAGAAGAACUCGCUCCAAAUCCCGUGAGAAACGCCAUCGUCACAGGUCUCGCUCUAACAGCCGCAGCCGGAGUCGCAGCCAUCAUAGAAGCAGGCAUAGUUCCAGGGAGAGAAGCCGAGAACGCAGCUCCAAAAAGAGAUCCUCAAAAGAAAGAUCUUCCAGAGACAAAGAACGUUCAAGAGAUCGUGAUAGAACAUCACGUGAUAAAGAUAGAAGCUCAAGAGAGAGGUCACCGCGAGAUUUCAAAGACAAGAAACGUUCUUAUGAAAGUGCUAAUGGCCGAUCGGAAGAUCCGAGGAGCUCAGAAGAGCGUGAAGCAGGGGAGAUAUAACUGGCUGUAUAUUCACCUGAUCUCUAGCUUCCUAUGGAGUUGCAUACUAUGGUUUAGUUUACAGUUGUUCAAAGGGACACCAGUGAGCAGUUCCAGACACUGAUCCAACUAGGGUAGAUGUACAGUAUAUAAAAGUGGUUAUAACCAAGUCAGAAUUAAACCCCAUCAAUUAAUGAUGCCUAAAGCUGGGUCCUGGACUUCCACCAAGUUGUAAAACUUUUCUGAAAGAUUUCUCUUUAUUCAGGACGACAGUUUUAUGUACCAAGAUGCAGAUUUCAAUGUUUUUAAUCUCCUUUCCAAUACAAGUUAGUGAACAAAUUAUAUUGUACUACUUGCCUUGGGUGCUUUUGAACCUUUAUAAAUUCUCCAAUUUUGCUCCAGUCAAAACAGCAGCAUUGAAAGGUUGUAUUUUGGGGGAUUUUUUUGUUUGCUUUUUUUGUAAGAGGGUGGGUGGAUGGAUAUUAACUUUUACUCUAAGGUUAUGUUCCCA